UCACUCCCUACCUUUGCCCCCGCUGUCUCGCUGUGCUCACUUAGAGGCACCAUGUUCAGCAUCAAGGUGCUCGUACACAAGCUGCUGAUUCUUCUGCACGUCACCCUGUGUGUUGUUGUUGGUAAGACCAUGAUGGUGCUGUUCCCCGAUGCCACCAAAAGGUACAUCCUAAAGCUGGGCGAAAAGAGCAGGAUGAACCAGAACCCCAAGUUCAGCUACGAGAACUGGGGUCCGACGUUUUUCAGCUUCCAGUAUUUGCUCUUUGUGCUGAAGGUGAAGUGGAGGAGGCUGGAGGAUGAAGCCUUCGAGGGACGCCCUGCUCCCAACACACCCGUGGUGGCUCUAAAUGGGGAGAUUCGGCACCUCUUCAGCUUCAUGCGAGAUAACCGACCUUUAAUCCUCAAUUUUGGAAGCUGCACCUGACCUUCAUUCAUGUUAAAGUUUGAUGAGUUCAACGAACUUGUCAAAGACUUCAGCUCUAUAGCAGAUUUCCUUAUCAUCUACAUUGAAGAAGCUCACGCAAUAGACGGAUGGGCCUUCAAAAACAACGUUGUUAUUAAAAAUCACAGAAGCCUCGAGGAUAGAAAAACUGCAGCACAGUUUCUUCAGCAGAAGAAUCCCUUAUGUCCAGUGGUUUUAGACACAAUGGAAAACCUGAGCAGCUCAAAAUACGCAGCGCUGCCAGAAAGACUGUAUAUACUUCAAGCAGGGAAUGUUAUCUACAAGGGAGGAGUGGGGCCUUGGAAUUACCACCCCCAGGAAAUACGCACCGUCUUGGAAAAACUGAAAUAGAAAGAGGACAUCAGAGUGAAGACUAUAUGGAUACAGAAGGUCAAGGGAUAAAGCUUUCACAGACCUGAGAGUUAAAAAAAAACAAAACAAAACACUAAAAUCUCAAAAUCCAAGAAACAACUAGAAAGAGAACAACGCAUGUGCAUUUAGAGAGCAUCCGUAUCGUGGUUCACCAUUCAUGUGUCUGGAGAUGUUCAGCUCUGUUGUCAGUCAGCUGUUAUGACUGGACACCAACAUCUACAUUCUUUAAGAAUACGGUGCAGGUUCAACCUUCGUGGUGGUGACAUUUGCAAGAGCCAAUUUCAGGCAAAACAACUGAUUUCACAUCAUUAAGUUUCUCUGUCUCUCUCGCAUACAAACCAUGUUCCUAAACGUUCAGUUUCUCUCACCUCAGAAGGCUUCUGAAUGACACAAUCUCUGGACAUUUGUUUCUAUAAUAUUUGUUAUGACAGUCACAGCAUAAAGCACUGACAGCUGUGACCUGAUUUCAGAAAAUAUUUUUAGAAACAAAGGAUUGAUCUGCCGUUACUCGAACAAAUAAACAAACAAACCUCUCA